UUCUUGUGUUUCCCGUCUAGCUCUGCCACUGCCUUGACCUAUGCUUGCUGCUCCGACAGCGGCCGCCGCCACAGCCGCAGCUUGAGCUAUCGUCCCCCCUGUAACGGCACCUGCCGUGCCUCCUGCCGCAGCUGUUGGUCGAGUUUCAGCACAGGGACUAGAACUUGCAGUGCCGCCUCGUCCUCGUCUUUGUUCCCCUUGUAACGCCGCCGCCCCAGCCGCUAGUAGCGGUGCCGGUGGUUGAGGAACAGGUGCGGUAGAUGGUGGUGGGCUUGCUGACGUUACUCCUGCUGUUGCCGCUUGUGUUGCUGUUGCCGCUGCUGGUGAUGUUGUUGUUGGUGCCUGUGGCAUUCCUGCUGUUACUGUUGCAGCUGGUUCUACUGUCCCUCCUGCUUCCGGCCCCUCUGUUGCUGCAACUCCUCUGAUGCCACUGCUCCUACGGGACGUUCUCUACGAGCUUUCCCCUUGCCUUUCCCCUUGAAAGACGGCGACUGGGUUGAAGCGGUUGCGGAGUUAUUUGAUGCCCCAUGAACGACAUGUACUGCCUGGCUCGUACUGCCUCUUCCGACGUCAGAUAUCGUCGUCGGUGUACUCCUCUCACCCGCACUUUCCUCGUCGUUGGUAGCACCUUCGCAACUGACUCGCUGACGCUUCCGUGUUGUUGUGUCUGCCCACCCCAUGACCGUACGGAAAGCUGCUGCCUGCCGUGAUCGCUUCUCCUCGUCGCUCUUUUUCUCUGCGUUUGAUUUCGUCCCGGGCUUUUUUGCUCCAGCCGCAGGCGUUGAUCCUUUCCUGCGACCCAUGGUAAAUUCCUCUGUGGUGCUGUGUGUGUGCUGUGGGUUGUCCGUGUGUGUGCUGCGGUGAGAGAGCUGUGUCCUUUCUCUUUGCGC